AGUUGGCAUAUAUUUUACAUUAUAAUGAAAGUUUCACGUAGUACUAGAAUUUCUAAAGUAAACCUUUUAAUUGUAUUGCACAUGUUAGUUGUUAUUGUAAAAUAAACUAACCUUUAAGAAAAUGCUUUUUUAAAUUAGUUAUUUUAACUAACAUUGUAUUUCAAAUUGAAAUUUAACCCAGGGGAAUGCUCAACUGUUUUAUUACAAUCAAACAAAUGUAACUUGUGAAUUUGUACUUUUACAUUAAUCCAUAAAUAAAGCAGGGAAUUCUAUGAUCACGUGGAGGAGUGUCUAUUCACUGCAGAUGUUCUCACUUAGCCUAGUAGAAAUCCAAACAGACACUUUAACAAAAUAUAGUAAUGUUCAUCCUGCAACAAACUUGUUGCUUGUUGUUCAACCUAAUCCAGGCUAACAAUUGGGAAUUCUGGAAUGCUACUUGGAUUGCAGAUUAUUCAUAUAAUACUUAAUUAUUUAAAAUGCAUUGUUUUUUCUUAAAUUCAACAAGAAGUUGUGUUUUGAGUUGUGUGGAUUAGAUAGGUAGAUAAGAUAAGUUCCUCUUUCACACCAUGCAGUGAGAACGCAUAAAGUCUUUGCUUUUCCUUCCUCUUUAUUUUAUCCUCCCACUGGUUAGACGCAACAGAGAACUUUAAAUCAGAAAUAUUUCAGUUUUCAUAAGAGGGACAACGAAAAGUGGCCCUGAUGGCAGAAAACAUCUACUUGAACACUGAGGACGUCAGCAAAAUGAAAGUGUCCGGUGCGGUCCAGAGAGCCUCCAGGCCCAGACGCUGGUUGUUUCCUGCUCUGAUCACUGGGGUCCUCAUCAUCAUCAUCAUCAUCAUCAUCAUAGAGGUGUGGUUGACCUAUGUGAUGUUGCGUAAUCACCAGUGGUCUCUGGAGCAGCAGGUUUCCAGCAUCAGAAAUGAGUCGCAGAGGCAUGACCAAAGCAUCGCCACACUCAGAUGUGGCAUUUACAGCAUCCUCAGCAACGACUCAGCAGUGGACGGUUGUUGUCCUAACAAUUGGACACACUCAGGGUUCAGCUGUUACUUCUUUAGCAAAUUUCCUCUGACCUGGAACAAGUCUAAAACAUGGUGUGAAAAUAAAGAUUCACAUCUUGUCAAAUUCAACACGGACAAAGAGUGGAACUUCAUCACCAGCAAAACGUCUUCUCAGUUAUAUUGGAUCGGCCUAAGUGAUUGGAGAACUGGGAAGUGGGAGUGGGUGGACCAGACUGAGUACAUCAUGGAUUCCAGACACUGGAGGCCUGGACAGCCUGACAACUGGAAAGAUCAUGGCCAUGGCGAUGAAGGAGAGGACUGCGCUCACCUGAUCACCAAUGGUUUCAAUGACUUGUGCUGCUUUACACCGCUGAAGUUCAUCUGCCAGAAGCCCAGUGGACGUCCAUGAUCCCAACAGCCUCCAUGACCAGGACCAGAGUUUUCUGAAGCCAGACAGAAACAGAAACAAAGUAAAACUGCUGGACAUGUAGACACAGCUGAAACUGAAGUCAACCACAAAUAGUCUUUUCUGUUUAAAUGGGUUUCCAAUGUAUAAAAUAAGCUUUUGUUUUGAAGAAAAAAAUUUGAAAAAACAAAACUCUGUGGAAGUGGAGACAAAUACUGGACAAAUUUGAGUUUUCUGUGAUUUUUGUUUUUCUGAAAUUGUUUUAUUUCUGCAUGAAAUUAAAAGGCUUUUAGCUUCCUAAAA